ACUAGAAAGUGUAGAGACAUGACUGAGGAAAGACUGUAAGAAAAUAGGAUUUGAAAGAAGCUUAAAAGAGUAUAUAAGACUUAAUAGGAUUCUGAAGUUGGCAUUAAUUGCUCCAUCAUGUCUUUAGAAGUGAAGGAGAAGACUCAUGUUCGUUUAGUGUUUCUGGGAGCAGCCGGUGUGGGUAAAACUGCUUUGAUUCGCCGCUUUCUCCAAGACACUUUUGAACCCAAGCACCGGCGCACCGUGGAGGAGCUGCACAGCAAGGAGUAUGACAUCGGCGGGGUCAAAAUCACAGUGGAGAUCCUCGACACCAGUGGCAGCUACUCCUUUCCCGCUAUGCGUAAACUAUCCAUCCAAAACAGUGAUGCGUUCGCUUUGGUGUACGCUGUGGAUGACCCAGAAUCCCUAGAAGCGGUGAAGAGUCUCCGAGAUGAGAUUUUGGAGAUCAAGGAGGACAAGUACACGCCGAUUGUGGUGGUGGGGAACAAAGUCGACAGAGAAGAUGAGCGGCAGGUGUCUGGAGAUGAUGUUUUGUCCACUGUGGAGUUGGAUUGGAACAACAGCUACUUGGAGGCAUCAGCGAAGGACAAUGCCAAUGUGGUGGAGGUGUUCAAGGAGCUUCUGCAGCAAGCAAAUUUGCCCAGCCGCUUGAGUCCGGCGCUACGGAGACGAAGAGAGACCUUUCCCAAAGAUACCGACUUCAGACCACCCAUGAACAAAACCAACAGUUGUAUUCUGUCGUAAC